CUUCACUGCAGCUGAGACUUUCCUCGAUGGCGCGGCGCUGGUGGCGGUUCUCUGCUGCUGCUGCUGCGGCUCCGCGGCCGAGUCCAGCGUCGGGAAACCUCCGGUGAACAAACAACCACCACCCGCCGGGAUCCGAUCGAUCCCCCGACCCUGAGGUAAAGUGGGAUUCGAACGGAUGUAAAAAACGGAGCAAAUCUCCUGCUGAGAACAAAGUGUGAGAAAGUAGUGGAGCGUCGCUUUGCCAUGUCGCUGCUGUGCGUCCGAGUGAAGAAAGCGAAGCUCCAAGGACCUCCAGACAAGUUCAACGCCUACGUGACGCUGAAGGUGCAGAAUGUCAAAAGCACCACCAUCACUGUGCGGGGGGACCAGCCCUGCUGGGAACAGGAUUUCAUGUUUGAGAUCAACCGGCUGGAUCUGGGCCUCAUCGUGGAGGUGUGGAACAAAGGCCUCAUCUGGGACACCAUGGUGGGGACCUCCUGGAUUCCUCUGAAGAGCGUCCGGCAUUCAGAGGAGGAGGGCUCAGGAGAGUGGAUUUUCAUGGACGCAGAGGUUCUGAUGAAGGCGGACGAGAUAUACGGCACCAAGAACCCGACUCCUCAUCGAGUCCUGCUGGACACUCGCUUCGAGCUGCCCUUUGACAUCCCAGAUGACGAGGCUCAGUACUGGACGGGCAAGCUGGACCACAUCAACACCCUCCGAAUCCACGACGAGUACCCUCUUCAGGAUGACGUCCAGAGUCGCCCACUGCCGUUCGCCGCCUCCCAGUGCUCUCUAGAAGACCAGGACAGCGCCGUAGAUGACCGCGACAGCGACUACCGCAGUGAGACGAGCAACAGUUUGCCUCCGCGCUACCACACAACGGCUCAGCCCAACUCCUCCAUGCACCAGUACCCCAUGGGGCCUCGGCUGCCACACCACCCGGACUCCUGCACCGACUCCGUGCACAGUUUUGACCUGGACUACCGGGAACAGAGAGGAAGCAGUCCAGUGGAAAGUAGUCGUUUUGGGUCAUCAGGAAACCUGAGCCAGACCAGCUCCCAGCUCAGUGGCCAGGAGAGCACAGGAGGGUCCGAACUGGAGGAGUCCUUCCAUUCCUUCCACAGCACCGGCUUCCACCCCUCCUCCAAUGGACAGCCACGCACUAACGGACAUGCUCCCACCAAUGGACACUCUUCGGCUGGCGAGCAGGAGAUUCACCGGCUGACUCCGGAAUCAGGAAGAAGCCUAAAAAAUGGCAACCCAGUGGAGAGAGUGUCGUCUAAACUCCAGAGGUUCCAUGAUGACAUAGCACCGUUACCGUUUUCCCCGUCUAGAGUUCAUUGGUUGAAGGCCAUCAAUAAAGUCAGGGUUCAGCUCCGGGAGGUUCGAGAUGAAGAGUCCAAUCCGAGACAGGCCUGGGUCAAACCGGGUGGUGGUCCUGGUCUGUAUGGAAUCGACAGCAUGCCAGACCUGCGUAAAAAGAAGCCCAUCCCCUUGGUCAGCGAUGUGUCGCUCGUCCAAGCCAGGAAGGCGGGGAUCACAUCCUCUAUGGCUGCACGCUCAUCGAUCAAGGAUGAGGAGCUGAAAACCCAUGUGUACAAGAAGACGCUGCAGGCGCUCAUCUACCCCAUAUCUUGCACGACCCCGCAUAACUUUGAAGUGUGGACUGCCACCACCCCGACGUACUGCUACGAGUGCGAGGGGUUGUUGUGGGGGAUCGCCCGCCAAGGCAUGCGUUGCUCCGAGUGCGGAGUCAAGUGCCACGAGAAGUGCCAAGAGCUGCUGAAUGCCGACUGUCUGCAGCGUGCCGCGGAGAAGAGCUCGAAGCACGGAGCUGAGGACAAGACUCAGAAUAUCAUCAUGGCCAUGAAGGACAGGAUGAAGAUCCGGGAGAGGAACAAGCCGGAGAUCUUCGAACUCAUCAGGGAGGUGUUUGUCAUCAGCAAAGCCAUCCACGCACAGCAGAUGAAGACCAUCAAGCAGAGCGUUCUGGACGGGACCUCCAAGUGGUCGGCCAAGAUCACCAUCACAGUUGUUUGUGCACAAGGGCUUCAGGCGAAGGACAAGACGGGAUCCAGCGAUCCGUACGUCACAGUCCAGGUGGGAAAGACCAAGAAAAGAACCAAGACCAUUUAUGGAAACCUCAAUCCUGUCUGGGAGGAGAAGUACCACUUUGAGUGCCACAACUCGUCAGACCGAAUCAAAGUGCGCGUGUGGGACGAGGAUGACGACAUCAAGUCCAGGGUGAAGCAGCGUCUCAAGAGGGAAUCUGAUGAUUUCCUCGGCCAGAGUAUUAUUGAAGUUCGAACGCUGAGCGGAGAAAUGGACGUCUGGUACAACCUGGAGAAGAGGACGGACAAGUCGGCGGUGUCGGGAGCCAUUCGCCUGCAGAUCAACGUGGAGAUUAAGGGAGAGGAGAAAGUGGCUCCGUACCAUGUGCAGUACACAUGUUUGCAUGAGAACCUGUUCCACCAUUCGAACGACCUGCUCGGCCAAGGGCAGGUGAAAAUCCCCGACCCUCGCGGAGACGACUCCUGGAAAGUCUACUUUGACGACGUGGCUCAGGAGGUGGUGGACGAGUUUGCCAUGCGCUACGGGAUCGAGUCCAUCUACCAAGCCAUGACUCACUUUGCCUGUCUGUCAUCCAAGUACAUGUGUCCCGGGGUUCCUGCCGUGAUGAGCACCCUGCUGGCCAAUAUCAAUGCUUUCUACGCCCACACCACCGCCUCCACCAAUGUGUCCGCCUCCGACCGCUUCGCUGCCUCCAAUUUUGGGAAAGAACGCUUUGUCAAGCUCUUGGACCAGUUGCACAACUCACUGCGCAUUGACCUCUCGACAUACAGGAACCACUUCCCUGCCAGCAACAAGGAUCGCCUGCAGGACUUGAAAUCCACCGUGGAUCUUCUAACCAGCAUCACCUUCUUCAGGAUGAAGGUCCAGGAGCUGCAGUCUCCGCCCAGAGCCAGCCAGGUGGUGAGGGACUGUGUCAAGGCCUGUCUCAACUCCACGUUCGACUACAUCUUCAAUAACUGCCACGAGCUGUACAACAGACAGUAUCAACCUGCAGACACGAACAAGGAGGACGUCCCUCUGGAGGAGCAGGGUCCCAGUGUCAAGAACCUGGACUUCUGGCCCAAACUCAUCAUGCUCAUCGUCUCCAUCAUAGAAGAGGACAGGAACUCCUACACUCCAGUGCUCAACCAGUUCCCUCAGGAGCUGAGUGUCGGGAAGGUGUCAGCAGAGGUCAUGUGGACGCUGUUUGCUCAGGACAUGAAGUAUGCAAUGGAAGAGCACGAGAAGCACCGGCUGUGUAAGAGCACCGACUACAUGAACCUGCACUUCAAGGUCAAGUGGCUCUACAACGAGUACGUCAAGGAGCUGCCGAGCGUCAAGGGCGUGGUCCCCGACUACCCGUCAUGGUUCGUGCAGUUUGUGCUUCAGUGGUUGGCUGAGAACGAGGACGUGUCUGUUGAGUUCAUGCACGGAGCCCUGGAGAGAGACAAGAAAGACGGAUUCCAGCAGACGUCUGAGCACGCUCUGUUCUCCUGCUCCGUCGUGGACAUCUUCACGCAGCUCAACCAGAGUUUUGAGAUCAUCAAGAAGCUGGAAUGUCCCGACCCGAGCGUCAUGGCUCAGUACAGCCGCCGCUUCUCCAAGACAAUUUCCAAAGUUCUCCUCCUGUACAGCGCCAUUCUGACCAAGAACUUCCCUUCUUACAUUGACAAGGAGAAGAUUCCGUGCGUCCUGCUGAAUAAUGUGCAGCAGCUGAGAAUCCAGCUGGAGAAGAUGUUUGAGUCGAUGGGAGCCAAACAGUUGGACCCUGAGGCCAGUGACCUCCUGAACGACCUUCAGGUGAAGCUGAACAACGUGCUGGACGAGCUCAGCAGCACAUUCGGGAACAGCUUCCAGAGCCGCAUCACCGAGUGCAUGCGGCAGAUGGCGGCGCUGCUCUACCAGAUCAAGGGGCCGCUCAACGCCAGCACCAAGGUCCAGGUGGAGGGCGACUCUGACAACAUGCUGAGGCCACUCAUGGACUUCCUGGAUGGAAGGCUGACCCUUUUCGCCACAGUUUGUGAGAAGACGGUCCUGAAGCGUGUUCUGAAGGAGCUCUGGAGGAUCGUGAUGAGCAGCCUGGAGAAGACGAUUGUCCUUCCUCAGGGCAGCGAUACCUUUGGAGCGCAGAUCCUCUCGGCGGCCAAAGAGCUCGGUCAGCUCUCCAAACUCAAGGACCACAUGGCGGGCGAGGCUAAGAGCUUGUCCCCCAGGCAGUGUGCUGUCAUGGACGUGGCACUGGACACGAUCAAGCAAUACUUCCACGCGGGCGGCAACGGGCUGAAGAAGGCGUUCCUGGAGAAGAGUCCCGAGCUGUCCUCGCUCCGCCACGCGCUGUCGCUCUACACACAGACGACAGACACACUCAUCAAGACCUUCGUCACCUCCCAGCACGCACAAGGCUCCGGUGUGGACCAGCCCAUCGGCGAGGUGAGUGUCCAGAUCGAGCUGUACACUCAUCCCAAGAACGGAGAGCGAAAGGUCACCGUCAAAGUCAUGGGGGCUGCCGAUUUAAAAUGGCAGACGUCCGGGAUGUUCCGGCCCUUCGUGGAGACCAGCUUGAUCGGGCCUCAGCUCAGCGACAAGAAACGCAAGUUCCAGACCAAGUCCAAGAACAACAGCUGGUCCCCGAAGUUCAACGAGACCUUCAACUUUGCUCUGGGUAACCAGGAGGGCUUCGAGUGCUACGAGCUGCAGGUCUGCGUCAAGGACUACUGCUUCGGCCGCGCCGACCGGGUGGUGGGCCUGGCCGUCCUGCAGCUGAGGGACAUCAUGGAGAAGGGCAACUGCGCCUGCUGGUGUCCCCUGGGCCAGCGCAUCCACAUGGACGACACCGGCCUCACCGCCAUGCGCAUCCUGUCGCAGCGCUCCAACGACGACGUGGCCAAGGAGUUCGUGAGGCUGAAGUCGGAAACACGAUCGGCCGAGGAGGGCAGAUGAGAGGAGGAGGGCUGGAGACGGAGAGAGAGAGAGAGAGAGAGAGAGAGAGGAAGGGAGGAGGGACUCAGAAUUUCAGAAUAAGAGGCGCAUCCAGGGAGUCAUUCUCCUGUGUCCGACCACGUUUACACUCGGACAAACACUCUCAGACAUCAGUGACGGAGCUCAACCACACGGACACGGGUUCGUUCAACCUUCACACCGACCAGCUGAUCCACCAGGAAGUGACCACUCAACCGCCCCCUCCCUCCAACAGCCACAGCCUCAAGGGAGCAGAGGACGCCGAACAAGUUCCCCCACCUUCCGAGUGUUGCUGUGCAAUAACCCCCCCCUCCCCCCACUACCCCCCCAAGCGUGGCCAUGUGUUUGAUGCCUUACACUCAAAACUGUGAAUGUGUGAAGUCCGUAGCUUCACUGUGACGGUCGGAGUCAAAUGUGAAAACGGUUUGUGCAAAAAAAGACGCAGAACUAUUUUACCGGUUAAUCAAGUGAAGCUGAAGUUUCAGGAGAAGGUACUAAGAAGUAAUAACCCUUAACGUUUCCCCCCUUCGUUCAAAGUAUUGAUGUGUGCCUUGCCAUGUUAAGUUUCCACUCCUUAAUUUAACCUUUCAGGAGAAACAAAUACUGACAAAUCAUCUGUUGAUCACGUUUUACGCCGUAAAAUCAACAACAACAAGGUUUAAAUCAGUUUAAAUGAAAAGUGUGUGUUGAAGCAGAGUCCUCGUCUUUUUUUGUUCAUAUUUAUUUAUGAGCUCAUCUAACAACUCGUGGCUCACGUGGCCUAAAGUCCCACCGCGAUGGUGCAGCCAUUUUAUUUAUUUUUUUAUAUGUAUUUAUUGACGUCUGUGCGUUUUUUUUUUUCAAAAGCCUGCGAUUUAAAAAUGUUGUUUACCGUCGUGAGCGUGUGUCAGAGGUCUGUGCGUGUGUGUGCGCGUGUGUGCGUGUGUGUUGAGAAUUUGCACAAUGUGAACGAGUGGCUGCUGCUGCAUUAAAACGUGAAAGAGAGAAAGUUUCUUUCAGGAUUAAAUUGUUUGUUUCCUCAUCAAAAAUAUUCCCUGGGAAUCUGGGAAAACUGACAAAAAAUGCCCUUUUUCCUAAUGUUAAAGAAAGUGGAAGAGAUAAUAGUGGAUCGGCUCCUUAGUCCAGAUCAAUGCCAAACUAUUAUGGGUUCUUUCUUUCUCUGUGUCCCAUCAUCCCACCAAGUUUUAUUGAAAUCUGUCGAGUACUUUUUGUGUAAUCCUGUUCACACACAAACCCACAGGGUGAAAAAAAAACCUUGAGGUUGAACUUUCAGGUUUUUACGAUAUCUGAUGAGGAUUGAAGGAUAAUUUACAUAUUAUCUUCCUGCCCUGUUUCUUCCUCUCUUCCUAUCAGUGGCCUUGCUUUACAAACUAAAUUUUUUUAUUUUUAUGUAUAUCCUUUGAGGUUCGGCCACUUGUUUUGCCCACGAUGAUGUCAAACACGUUUUUUCCAAGCGUUACCCCUUAGUACGUAGUAUUUAAUUUUUUUUUAUCUUUGAUGAAAACCACUGUACUUAUACACAGGCUGGGUUUUCUUUGCAGUCUCUUUAUAUUUUGUGUGAGUUUUCUUUUUGUAAAUACUCCCCCUUAUCGUCCUCUUACUGUAAGAUACGUGUUUUUAUGGACAGAGAUAUUAUGCAGUGCGACGUGUGCCAGUGCAUUUGUUCCCAAAUGAUGGAGAAAUAUUAAAAAUGUUCCACUUUUAUGAAGGAUGUUGUGUUAAUACGAGAACCUCAGUGCGUGCACACGCUUGAACCAAUCACACGUCACCCUCCUUGUUACACUUCUGUCACAGCCAUUCUGUAAAAUACACAAAUCCUCGUGCCAAGUUUCAAAUGUUCACUUCUAUUUAUUUAUGUUUAUUUUUUAAAGAUUUUUCUGUAUUUUCUAAAAUGUUCUUGACCCGUUCACUAAGUCACUGCAAGGUUCAACCACAGGUUCAGUCAAACACGGUAACUGCAUUUUUUUUUUGUGGUGUUUUCUUUGUAUUGUCACUACUUUGAAAUGUUGUCGUCAUCAUGUAAACACUAGAUUUAAUGAAUUUUGUAUAAAGUAUUCGAAGUAUCUAUAAA